GAGAGGUAUUCUGCUUUUCGGGUGUCUUUUUGCGCCACCGCUAUGUGUUCAGUGGUCCCAGACUAUUCACCGGGCUUCAAGAAACCCCCGCAGACGUUGCGUCUGAAGCGGAAAAGGCUUCGGAGAAGUGACUCGGUUCUUUCCUCGGGGCAAGUCCCCGCUGCGGCCUCCUCUAGCCCCCUCGGAGAUGCCGCUUUUCUCCCUCGGCCCUUUCCUGGGAUCCGCAGGCGCAACCCCUUCUCGAGCUUGGAGAAUACUCCACGCCCGCCGCUUCCAUCGGGGCCCAGCCAAUGUUUCUCCCCCACGCAGGGACUGGCGGCGAAGGAGCCGUCAAUCACCGGGAGCGACACACGUAGUGGCUCCAGCAAAGAGUUCUUAAAUGGUAUUCCUGAAGACAAGCCUAUUGGGAAAGAAGAAUUUUCUGAAACAUCAGCUCCAGCUUUAAUCAAUGACCCACAUCAGACCACUUCCCAUACUGGAGUCUCUUUUCCAAGUUACGAAUUUCCUGCGGACUGGAGCAUUAAAACACGUCUGCUCUUCAAAUCUUCCUAUUCAUUUGCAUGGGCAGAUCAUUUAAAAGCACAAGAAGAGUCUCAAGGAUUUGUUCAGCAUUGUAGAGCAACAUCAAUAAACUUGCCCCAAAAUAUUCAGGAACCAAAACUCUCCACAGAACUUCGAUGUGCUUUCCAACAAAGCCUUGUAUAUUGGCUUCAUCCCUUCCUGCCAUGGCUACAGCUGUUUCCUCGUAUUGGAGCAGACAGAAAAGUUGCUGGAAAAUAUAGUCCUUGGUCCCAUGAUGAAGUACUGCAGCAAGUUCUUAUGAGUGAAUGGUCUCUUAGUUUUACCUCUCUUUAUAAUCUGCUGAGAGCCAGGCUAUGUCCCUAUUUCUACGUUUGCACUUACCAGUUCACUGUGCUAUUCCGGGCAGCAGGGCUUGCAGGGAAUGAUAUGAUCACUGCACUGAUUUCCCCCACAACCAGAGGCUUAAGAGAAGCCAUGAAAAAUGAUGGUAUUGAAUUUAAUUUACCUUUCCAAGAAGUUAAAAAAAGAAAAUAUAACUCUUCGGCAUCCCACUUAGAAACAGGACUUGUUAAUGAUGUUAAAACAACAGGCAAGGCUGAGAAUGAAGAGGAACAAAUGAUUAGUAGUGCCGAUGAUGACGAUGAUGAAGGAUUUUCAUGGUUGGAAGAGAUGGGUGUUCAAGACAAAAUUAAAAAACCAGAAGCAAUUACUGUCAAACUCUGUAAAGAGAAAAAUGAAGUACAAUUGGAUCACAAACCUGAAUCUGUUGUACUAGUGCAAGGAACAAACACAUUCACUUUACUCAACUUCUUGAUGAACUGUAAAAGUUUAGUGGCUUCUGCAGGCCCUCAGGCUGGAAUUCCACCUACACUGCUGUCUCCAGUUGCUUUUAGAGGUGCAACAAUGCAGACACUUAAGGCUCGAAGCAUCAACGUGAAAACACAAGUUCAUUCACAGUACAAAGAUAUAUUUAGCUUGGAGAUUGUGGGCCCCAUCAUGCCUCAUUCUUUACAUUCUUUGUCAAUGCUGCUCAAAACUGCUCAAAAGGGAACUUUUUCUGCUGUGUGUUACACACAUGAGCCAACAGCAGUGUUUAAUACACGCACUAACAAUGAGAAGAGCACAAUGAAAGAAUCCCUUAACAAAGACCUUAGUGGGACUGGACUGCAUCUCAGCACCUUGAACCAACUGGCACUCCCUCCAACAUUAGGAAAGUCUUGUAUACGGCUCUUAGAAAUGAAUGAUUAUAUCUAUAUAUGGAAGUCCUAAGUAAACAAUGUCACUCAACAAAAUAAAGUUCCCAGUGAUGUCCUCUGAACACUUAUGUUGCUGUUCUGCCUGUCUAAAACAGCAUCCCAGGAAGACCAUCUCGUUUACAAAAUUGUAAGCUAAUUCUACAAUGUAGUUAACUUUCAUAAAGUGACUUGAUCAAACUUGACUAUUUUGUGUAGUAUAUCACAACCUUUGCCUCUUUAAGACAAA